GCCGCGAAAUUUGAUCAAUAUGCAGCUAGAUCUAGCCAUAGUUCUAUCUAUGAUCUAGCUAAGGAACAUUGAAGUAAACAAGAAGAGACCGAGUAUAAUAUAUAUCUGUCCGUGUGUCGUGUAUUGAUCAAGGAAACAAGAGAGGAGGGAUGACCUCUCUAGUUUACCACAUUUUGCUGGCUCUCAUCCCAUCAAUGGUACUGUCUCUACCCAUGCUGAAUUCCAAUCAGACUGACUCGUACAAUCUCAAGUUAGCCUGGGAAACAUAUUGGGUGAACUCAGGAAAGAUUGAUUCUGAAGAAGUUAUUCUGUCUUUGCCGCAAUGGACACUUACUCAGUCCAAUAAGUUACUGCACUCUUCGCGUCUGACCCGACACAAGAGAGUUGUUUUUGGGGAUGAUGAUCGAGUGAGAAUUGACCCUGCUACAGAUGGAGAGAAAUUCCCUUACACAGCAAUCAUGAGAGUAUCAACCGGCUGCUCUGGCAUAAUGGUCUCCAAGAGCCAUAUACUAACUGCUGCCCAUUGUGUGCAUGAUGGUCAACAAUACCGACAGUCUGCUUUGUUUUUCCUCCGAGCCGGAUAUCUUCAACCGGAUGGUACUACGAAAUGGGGCUAUGUCAAACGCUUUUUUGUGCCCUCUGGAUGGAAAGAUUUAUCUGAAUCUAAACAGCAUGUAAACAAAGAUUGGGACGAUUACGAUGUUGCCAUUCUCGAACUAGCCACUGAUAUGGGAGACGAAAGAGAUUUUAUUGCUCCUGGAUUAAGCGGAAUGUUUUGUGAUGGUAAAGUCAUCACGCAUGGUGCAGAUUCUAAAGUUGAGUACGUUAGCUUCCCAGAUGACAAAGAGACUAAUGCGUACUGGUAUGUUCAGACCAAGAUUGAUACAGAGUCUCCCCAUUUGAUAUAUUUCCGUGGUGAUGCCUGGCAUGGUUCUUCUGGAGCAGGACUCUACACCUGGGACUACAAUGAAGAGAGCAAGAAAUAUGAGCGAAGAGUAGUAGGUGUCCUCUCAGGGAACAGAGACGCUGAACCGAUUGCUAGUGUACAAGGAAACUUCAAUGUUGCUGCACGAUUGAACCCAGCAAACUUCCUGCUAGUGUGUCAGUGGAUUGGAGCUGAAGACAAGUGUAAAGAGAGGUACAAGAAGUACUUAGAUAAUGAUAGUUCAAAGACGCUCUGCUCUUAAUUACUCAAAACGGUUCACUUUCGUACAAGUGUAUAUCAUUUAAUUCGAAUAUAGUUGCAUGUGGAACCACAAAGACAAUAUUGUGUUAUAUCAUUUAAUUCGAAAAUA